UCUCACUCGUGCAGUGCCUUCAGAAAGUAUUAUAGAGAGAGAGACAACAUGUCUAUUCCAGAUCAGCAUAUCCAUCCAAGUGCGACUGGUGAGGCUGCGAAAGUAGUAGCGGCGCACCAGGCUCCUGAAGAGGUUGUGUUCUACAGUGGAUGGUUCUGUCCUUACGUGCAACGAACGUGGAUCGCUCUUGAGGAGAAAGGCAUUCCAUACCAAUAUAAGGAGGUCAAUCCGUACAAGAAAGAAAAGCACUUCCUAGACAUUAACCCGAAGGGUCUUGUCCCAGCUCUUGAAUAUCGAGGGAAGGCACUCUACGAAUCACUCAUCCUAUGCGAGUUCCUCGAAGACCUCUAUCCAAACAACCCACCCUACCUUCUCCCACACGACCCAUACGAUCGGGCGUUCGUUCGCAUCUGGGUGGACCAUAUUAGUAAGCGUGUAAUCCCGGCGUUCAUGCGUCUCUUGCAGUCCCAGGAGCGUGAGAAGCAGGACGAGGCGAGAAAGGAUUUGUAUGAAGGUUUGAGACAGCUUUCUGAGAAAUGCAAAGGGCCGUAUUUCCUUGGUGCGGAGUUGAGCUUGGUGGAUGUGGCAAUUGCACCGUGGGUUGUGAGGGAGUAUGUUAUCACUGAAAAUCGUGGAUACAAGAGGAGUGAAGUUUCGGAUGCGUGGAACGAGUGGGCAGGUUUGUUGGAGAAGAGGGAGAGUGUAGUAAGGACGACCAGUGAACGAGCGUAUUAUGCGGAGAUUUAUGGACGGUACCUUCGGGACGAAGCGCAAAGUGAGGCAGCAAAAGCUACCAGGGCAGGAAGAAUCAUUCCUUAAGCUGGCUGGAGGGAUGACAAAUAAUACUGUUGCAUUUGAGUGAGCAUUUCAGGUAGUAAUCAAACAACUGUCAUAGUAUUUGCACUGUGAAAAGGCAGAAGUAUAGUGUCGAACAAUGAAAGAAAAAGAUUAAAGAACUCGUCGA